AUUAAGCAAAAACAGAAAAAGCAAAUCAGUUCUAAAAAGAAAAGAACAUAAAGAAAAUGCGAACUGUGAGUGCCUUUAUUGCUACUCCAUCAACAACAGAACUAACCGUAAAAACUACAUUUUCACCGCCGGCGGGUUUUCAGAGAUCGCCGUGGCAUUCUCCCGCGCCGUAUCUCUUUGCCGGCGUAGCAGCCAUGCUAGGGUUAAUAGCUUUUGCUCUUGUAAUCUUAGCUUGCUCUUACAGGAAACGCUCCGGUGAUGAUCCUGAAGCCGGCGCCGGCGCCGGCGAGGACGAUAACUUAAAAGUCAUGCCGGUUUUUGAAGAGAAAAUAGUAGUGAUAAUGGCGGGUGAUUUGAACCCCACUUUUUUGGCGACGCCUAUAUAUAUGUCAAGCAAAGGUUCUUCGUUUGGGAAUAAAUGUGAGAAGGAGAGUGAAGAAUUAAAUGAUGAGAAGCUGAAAGAGCAAGUAAUUGCAAUGGAAGUUAGGUACCAAAAAGAUGAAGAAUUACAACAUAGUAAUGGAGAGAGCAGCCACUGAGCUCAAAACAGAGUCUUCUCUUCCUUUUUCUUUUCUAAAAUAUAUAUUUGUUUUUUUUUUCUUUUCUCAAAAUCCUUCCUUUUAUUUGGAUUUUCAAUUUUGAGGUUCUGGAGAUUGUAAUUUUGUUGAGACAAGAAAGACUGCCAUAAUUUUUCAUUUUCCUGUAGUUUGUAUUUAGCCGAAUUUAAUUAGAUUCAGAAAUGACGCAAUUGAAGAGAUAAGCAGUUUGAAAAAAUUAAA